UUCGGUUACGGGGACGCUGGAAUCGGCUCUCAAAAAUCGAUGGAGACAAGAGAGGACGUCCUUAUACAUAACAUUUUUAUACAUAACAGCCCUACUUACAGCCAACUGAGCCUGCUGACCUUUUCCAGCCAUACUAGUCUGUAUCUUUUCCCCCUCUUUCUCCAUUAGCUCAUUGACAGAACCAUUUCUUUCAUUCUUCUUGUUCUUUUAUCGACAUGGCUACUGUCCCUUAUCCUAUUCUCUGUCUCCCAGACUCUGUACUUCAAAAGUCUUUGAAAUUAAUGGGCGUAGUAGAACAUUUAUGUCUAUCAAUUCUCUCGAAGAAUAUCAAACAACUCAUAGCUACGUUGAAAGGAUAUCCGAAAUGUUUUUCAUUCAAAUUUGUGCCAUUUACUUCAAUCACCGUUGUGGGAAAGCGGUUUGAAAAUUUUAAUUUUUGCUUCGACAUUGACGAAUCGACCCAGAAUGCCGAAUUACGAAGUUACACGGAUGAGGGAACAUAUAUAACGCUGACUGUACCCGGAUUCACUGAGAAACAUUGGAUUGAACAUGUUGCUUAUGUACUCUGUAGGCACAACUCUAUUAAAUUGGUUCUUUGGGAACCAAAUAUUGACGAAGUCUACGAAAUUGUGAAGGAUAUGGAAACUGUUGCAGUCGAUAUUGCAUCUUCUGAAAUUCAAAGUUGUCACCUGCUUAAACUGUUCCCUUCUUUAAGAUAUUUGGAAGUUUACAAAGCACCAAUCAAUACUCAAAUCCUUUCACACAAUUUAUUUCACCUAGAAGUUACGACAAAAGUGACGCUUAACGACAUUUUGAUUUCCAAUUGUUCGAACUUCUCGAUAAGUGGCAACGAUGUUUCCGACAUGGAAUUGAAUCUUUUCAUGAGAUCAUGGAUUAAAGGAUCCAAUCCCCGUUUAACUAAAUUCUGUAUCCAUAAUUCGCCAAGGGUACGAGACCCAUAUUUCGAAACCUUACUAUUUCAAAACAUGAAUUAUAUUGAAACUCACAAGAAUAAAUAUUGGAGAACCUUCGAAAUUUCGAGACCCGAUGGAACAAAAGCAAUCAUCGAGUGGAAUCCAGUCUAUAAUUUUUAUUUUAAUAUGACUGUCCAACACUGAUUUAUUGAAUUUUUAUAAUUUUUGUGUCCAAUAAAGUUUUCACAAGGAAAA